CUGCGAUUAAAGUGAACGAAAUUUUCGAAAGAGCAAAAAAACAUUUAAUUUAAUUAAUCAAAAUACAGCGAGAAUAUUACAGUAAAGACAAUUGUGGAUGUUUUAAGGUAUCAUGGCUGACGAGAAGAAGAAAUUGAAUGAUUUGCGAGUCGUGGAUUUAAAAAGUGAAUUAGAAAAGCGAUCUUUAGAGACAAGUGGAGUGAAAACAAUCUUAAUUGAAAGAUUAGAGAAGGCUCUAGCUGAUGAAGGACAUGAUCCAAAUGAAUAUUUGUUUGAAAUAAACAAAGGAAAGACUGUAAAGCCAGCAACUCCAUCAAAAGCUUCUAAAGAACCAGAAAAGCCAAAAGAGGAACAGGCUGAAGAGGAAAAUCCAAUAAUUGAAAUUAUUGAAUCGAGCAGUCAAGAGGAUUUAAAUUCAACAAUCAACGACGAUGAAUUGAUCCUUAAAGAUGAAUGUAGCGAAGACAUCGAUACUACUGACGAUAAAAUUAACGAGAGUCAGGAACAAAAAGAACUUGAAAAGCCAAAACAAACAACUGAAGAUGAAUCUAAUUAUUUGGACGGCGAAACAAGCAAUAUCGAUAAUGAAGAUUCCAUAAACUUAACUAUCGGUGAAGAAGAGGAACAAAUGCUACGCGAUGAAUAUGAUAUUAAGCCGAAAGACACUGAAAUAACUGAAAAUCCUAUUAUCGAUGCAGAUGAGAAAUCUGAACAGGAUAAGCAACAAGUCAAUCUAUCAAACGAAAAGAAGUCUGAAAGUGAGGAAAAGUCGAAAGACACGUCAAGUGUAAAAUCCGGAAAAGAUGAAGUAACUUCAACUGCAGUGUCUAGUGUCGGAACAGCGGAAAAGAAGAAAAUUACAGCACCGUCACCGACUGCGAUACCAAAUAAUACUGCUAAUCAGCAACCAAGUCGUAACUUGUGGGUUUCUGGAUUAUCUGCUCUCACUAGAGCUACAGACUUGAAGCUUAUCUUUGGAAAGCAUGGUAAAGUUGUUGGAGCUAAAAUUGUUACAAAUACUCGUUCAGCAAAUCAACGAUGCUUUGGAUACGUUACAAUGGCUAAUCCAAAAGACGCAACUGAAUGUAUUGAGCAUUUACACCGUACUGAACUUCAUGGACGAAUGAUUUCCGUUGAACGUGCAAAGAAUGAUUUAGCUGGUGCAUCAAAAGCAGUCACUACAGCAACAAAACCAACGGAGACAGCAGUUAAGCCAUCAAAUGGGACUACAUCAACAACAGGUGAAAAGAAGAAAGAAUCAACUGAUGCAAAUAAACCAGACACAAUACCACCAACAAGUAAAGAUUCGAAAGAGUCUGAUCGAAAGGAGAAAUCAGUCAGCAAGACAAAAGAUACAAUUGAUACAAAAGAUGACGAAUCAAGUACUUCAUCACCACCAAAACCACCUCGUAAGCGAAUUUCACCGCCUAGAUCAUCCAAGUCAAAAGAAAAGUCACGAGAACGACAAAGAGAUGCAGCUAAAGAUGUCAAAAUUAGAAAACGAUCAAAUGAAAAUGUUCGAGUUGAACGCAAAUCAAGAAGUCGAGAGAUUUUAUCACUAAGCCGUUUACGUGAGGAAAGAGAAAUUCGUAGACGUCGCGAACGUGAGCGAGAUAUGAGAGAAAAGCAAAUGCGUGAAGAGGAAAGACGCCGUCGUGAGAUCAGAAGGAGGCAAAUUGAAGAAGAUGCACGCCUGGCAAAAGAACGUGAAAAGUUGGAACUUGAAAAACUUAAAAUUGCUAAGGAAAAGGCUGAAUUGGUCCGAAUUCAGCGAGAAAGACAGAAAUUGGAGAUGGAAAAGAUCGAAUUUGAGCGUCUAGAAUUAAAGAGACAGCAGAGAAAGAUUGAAGAGGAGAAACGGGCUAUAAAAAGACCAUUAUCGAAUGAUCGAUAUGACGAUGAUCGUGAUAGAAAGAGACCAGCAAGCGAUAGACGAGGAUUUGAAGCGCCACCACCUCCAAGAUUCGAUUUGAGUCGAAGCUCAGGAUAUGAUCGCGAUCGAUCAACAACAGAUAUCAAAAAACGUCUUGAUGAUUAUCCAAAACGUGACGAUGGAUAUUCUUCAAAAAGUCGUGAUGAUUAUAAAAGAGAUUCAUAUAAGAGCAGUGGAAGUAGCCGUGACGAUUAUAAGAGAGAUGUUGAAGUCUCGUCAAGAAGCUACAAUUCUUCGUCCAGCAAUCGUAUAGAUUCAUCAUUAAAUUCCAGUAAGGAUAGAUAUUCAGAUCGUACAUCAACUUCUGAUUAUCGAAGCAGUGGAAGUCGAGCUGAUGAUUCUCGAAAUGACAGCAGUAAAUCACGUUAUUAUGACUCACAGUCAGACACUCGAUAUAAUCGUCCUCCAGUGGUUCCAAGUACAACAACAUGGACUGGAAAUACAAGUCAUCAAUCACAAUUUGGAGGGAUGGGCUCAACUGAUUUAUGGAAUGCAGCUAAGGCACAGACAGCAGACAAUAGUGCAUCAUGGUCACGUAAUAAUAUGGACGAUAAUCGUGAAUAUCGCUUCCCAAAUAAUGACCGUAAAACUUCUCAACAUUAUCCAAUUGAUCAAUCAAUGAGAACUACACAAUAUGUCAGCAAUGGAAAUUCCAAUAUCAUACCAACAACAUCCACAAGAUUUACUGGGAAUCCACGUUGGUAAAGAGACAUUUCCAUAAUAUCAUAUUUACCUUACAUUUAUUGCAUUAGAACUUUACUUAAACUGUAAUUCUCACACAAUUUCCUCGAAGUUGUAAUCACUAAGCAUACACACACCCACAAAAAUAAUUAUGAAAUAAAGAAGCAAGAAUCGCUUUGAAAUUUAUGUAAA